AGCUCUCAAAAGGUAUAAAAGAGCUGCUGACAUCGAGCUGAAAUCUGCGAUACGACAUCUCACCCUCAAUUUGCUCUUCUCGUUCGGCAUUUGCCAACUUUAUUUUUUCUUCUUCUCUUUUGCUCUUCUCUCGAGAUUCUCAUCGUGCUGCCGGCAGCUCGAAUAAUCUCUCCCGAUUUCAGCCGCUUGCUCGCUUCAAACGACCGUCUGCCCACAGCCACACAUUCGCGAUUACAACACCUUCCCCCACUUUCUCGAGACCAAGUAACAGCCGCGCAAGAUGCGUCUGCUUCUACUGCUCCAGGCCGCGCUCUGCGUAUCUGCCGCUCUGGUGGCGGCCGCGCCCAUCGGACGCAUCGACGAGUUGAUGCGACGCAUUGAACUUACCGACAUUACAACUGGACCUCAGGUAGGCAAGGAUCCGAACAAGAUCGCCGCCGCAAAACAAUGCGUCAAGGAUUACUGCGAUACGCACGUGCCGGGCGCUGUGUCUGCCGAGGUGACCAUGGGGCCCCAUCCUAGCCCUUCGGAUCCCACCAAGCACAUUACGACCAACCUCAAGGACAAGAAUGGCGAAUUCAUAAAUGGCUUUAUGCCGGGCACUACGACGCAGGCGCAGGCCGACGCUGAUGGAGUCAAGAAGGAGGCGCAAAAACAAGCAAAGAAUCCUAAUCGCGCGCCAAACCCCAAUCCUCCCGCAAAUCCUCCGGAUCAUCACGUCGACCCCACAACCAAUGGACCUACCCCUCAAAUGCAAAAGGUAAUGGGAAAGAACGGCGGAAAAUUCCCGAUCCCCGCGCCGCCUUGAGCUCGAUGAUCGUGGGGUAGAGGAGAGCGCGCGCGCGCGCGGGGAGGGGCUUGCAAGAAUCGUCGAGAUCGAAGCGUACGGCAGGCGAGCGACCGAAGCGCACGGCGUCUCGCCUGAGUUACGGGUGAAUGCUGGCGGCUAUUCUCGCUUGCUGUUCCAAGCGGGCUCUUGACGAGAUCAUGCGUGGCGGAGUGCGGACUUGUUUGUUACGAAUGAGCUUGCGCGUGCACUUUACACUGCAAUGUGAUCGUCGUUUUUCAAACGAUUUCG